GCCCUUUUGCCCUGUUGCCCACCCCGUCAGACGCCAGAACGGAUUCUACCAUUCUCGAUUCCGAGGGCUUGAGGCCCGUCCACCGUGGGUGUUAUGGUGCUCUCGGCCAUCCACCCUCCCGUCACUCUCCUACGGGAUGGAUGGUGGACCCUCAUCGCUACGAAUUCAGGGCUUUUACUUUCACGGUCUCCCUCGUGCAACAUGAGUCUUUGACCCAACAGACCUACUUAGAUCGACCCCCAUAUUGGAUUGAUCAAUUUUGUUCCAAGCCAAAGAGGGAGUGGAGACUCUUUCCCAUUUCAUCCCGUCCACCAAACCUGUCCCUCCUGGCUUCCUUCCAACACUUUUCGCCUCCUCAAGUCGAUAUUUCAGAACAAGACGACGGCAACGAGUUCGCCAAUUACGCUCUGCGCGUUUCCCACUCGACAUAUCGAAAUUCGCUCUGUCGGAACGUUACCCACACAUAAUAUCGCCCAAAGAAUCCCCAUCACUCCGCCCGAAACCCAACCGACCUCUCAAGCCCGGUCGUCACCAGAUUGUCGCCUCUCCCGCUUCUACCGGGCCUAUUGGGCCCUCGUCCACUUUGAGAGCACGUCCAUCGUCUCGUUUGACUACCACCGACUGGGGUUCUUGUUGCCUGCUGUUCGACCCGGUACUGCUUAACCAGACGAUUUUGCUCUCUUUCAUUUGACCUCCGCUCACACUCUGACGGCUUUGUCGAAGUUCUUCUUACUGAACCCCCCGCCGCCACAAAACGUCCUAGCAGCAAUCCAUACCUUUCUACGCAGCGAGACGAAUACAACGAUUUCCAUAUUGCCCAGGACUGGACCUGCCGCGGACACCGUUUCCUACGUCACGCUCAUCUUGCUCAAGUCGCGACACGACUCGGAAGUCGCCUUCGCGUUGAUUCGCAUUGUUGUCAAUCAACGACAAAACCAUCCCCCGGCCGCUCGAAACGCCACUGUGCCGAGCAUACAGCUUCAUCUUCACCACCUGAACCUUGCACCCUAAUUCUGUGCCGCUACUUCGGUUAUUGUAAGUGCUACCUAUUCUACAUCUCCAUCUACUUGAAGGUAGAAAACAACAAUACGACGGCGAACUAUACGAGAUCCAGACCUCCACCAACUCCAUGGCGCGCUCCUCGUUGCUCGCAUAGCAACUCUAGUACCGAUUCCAACCCUCUUGGUUUGGGCAGACAACGUCUUGAUGCCGCCAUUAUGUCCGACGCCCAGCACAUAUCGCAUGGUACGCAGCCGCCGACGUCGCCGAAAGGCCACCCGUUACCGCGUCGGUCGUCUCCCGAGCAAUCGAUAACCCUACGCAACCAUCGUUUAGCUCAAGAGGCGAGCACAAGGGCCGCAUCUAUGCGUGCUGCCCCAGAAAUUAGUUCGGGGUCGUCACCAUCGCGCAGGCAGUCGUCCGGUGAGAGCCACAACACUGGACCCAGUGACCCCAAGAAAUGGUUCGAUCAGAACAACGAGAACCCUACUGCCUCGUAUUCUCACGGAAUGGAUGUUGACACCCCCUUCUUUCAAAAAAUGAGCGAGUCUUCAAACGAAGAUAACCCGCAACAGACUAGUUACCCUACACACCUGGUGCCUCCCAUGCCCGGCAACUUCAAGCCGAGUGCAACGCACAGCAGCAGUGCCGAUGAUUAUCGGAGUGUCAUCGAUGAUCUGACCAUCGAGAUUAAGAGGCUCAAGGAUGAACUGAAGCGAUACAAGCAAAAGGGACCCGAGAUGAUGAAGCGAGACAAGUUAUUUGAGAUCAAGGUCCAUGGUCUCCCGAAACGAAAAAAGAGAGAGUUGGAGAGCACCCUUCGCGACUUUGCGUCCGGAUUGGAGAGUAAAUCUCCUAGUGCUGAAACUUCGUCUGCGAGGCAGAAGUCUCGGCACAUGGCCCGAUUAGAAUCCGGGUCCGGAUCCGCUUCCAAGCAUGCAUCCUCAUCAUCAGGGUCUCACUCGAGGCCUGUCGAUUCUGCUUACGCAUCCAUGUCGAUUGGCGCCAACUCUUCAGGAACUUCUCUUGCACGGCCGUCGAUCAGUUCAAGAGCCAAAUCAUCGGAUCAGAAAGUGGAGAACUAUCUCAAAGAUAUUCCUGAGGGUCUGUAUCCACGCCACAUGGUUCUGACGGAAAAAGACAAGAAAAAGCUGAUCGUUCGUCGGCUGGAACAAAUUUUCACGGGUAGAAUUGGCGGUCGGAACUUGACUCAGAACCAGCCCAAAUCUUCUGCGAACAUUGCUUCCUAUGCCCCUAUCAUGGUGGAGCCAGCUACCGGACAUACAACCACGAACCACGGACCAUCCAACGUGCCAAUGGGCUUUCACGAGCCCUCCCGGGAAGCACGUAUCCUGACAUCCGAAGAAACCAAGGAAUUGGCAAAAGACUAUGGUUCCACGUCUCACUCGAACGAAGACCAACCCGACUCUGGAGGCAAUUCGUUGGUCAACGAGACAUCACCUCUGGACCCGACAGUCCCCGACCAACGCCCCACUCGACCUCUCGAUCUUGAUCCGGACCGGAAACAAAAUCCAUCCGCGAACAUGGACUACAUCCGUCAUCUCGGCCUGGCCCCGCCCCAUUUGACGGGUCUCGCGACAUAUGAGGAUGUAUCUCCGGACGCUGAUGGCUGGGUUUAUUUAAACCUGCUCUGCAACAUGGCCCAGCUGCAUAUGCUCAACGUCGCGCCCGACUACAUUCGCAGCGCCGUUUCCGAGAGGAGCACGAAGUUUCAGCUAUCGCCUGACGGUCGCAAAAUUCGAUGGCGGGGAGGAACCGAAGGGACGAAGUUCAGUAGCGACAGCUCAGGGGACACCUCUCAGACCAGCCCUUCGGAAGGGUCCGAUCCGGACGCAGAGACCGGGCACACGAACAAGCGCAAACGCCGACAUGCAUCCAAGAGCGGAUUGUCCUCCGCAGGCCAGAACCCAUCGGACCACCUGGGAUUGGGAUUGAAAGUUUCGUCCGCUGACAGUUUCCACUACCAACCGCUCUUUGUGCACCAUUCGUCCUCAGGCGAGCAAACUUCCCAAGAUGAUACGAGCUCUUCAUUCGGUGCCGGCGAUGACAGUAACAGAGGAGAGUCGCGAUGGGGAAAUAGUGGGUCAGGAUCGGCUCGGCGGAAGAGGCGCCGCCUUGAUGGUGCCAUCAUCUACUACAGUGGUGCCCCCUUCUGCAUGGAUCUAUCUGGUGACCCUGGAGACACGUCUCCGUCAUACUUGAAUUCUACAGGUCAGGAUGAACAGACGUCUAGCGCAGACUCUUCGAGGCCAGCACCGUGCCGCACGGAAUCCGGAUCAGCGCUCCCCUACCGGCCCUUGACCGACGGCGAAAAUGCUCCAAGCGUGGCAGUUGCAACGGAAGCAGGUUCUGUUGACAAUGCGAUGGACAUUGAGGCCGAUUUUCCGUGGUCCAACGUUUCUCAAGACGUUGCUGGUACCAAGUUGGAUGCAUGCGGGCUGGGCGGAGUCAUUCCAGACGAUCAUUUCAUGGUUGUUGCCACUACAAAGAGACCCAAGACCGAUAUGCUACCGCCAGUCUCGUCCAAGGUCGAUCCCAAAAACGUCACUAGGAUCGUCAACAGGAUCACAUCUCCGUUAGGAUCUUCGUCGCAGGCCGAGCUUCGCAACACCGAAUCCAAAAGGCGUUCACCCAUCAGUAUCGAGUACACGUCCAGAGCUAUCAGAAAGCUGAACCCUACACCUUUGCCUCCCCCAGGCAUGUAUUUCUCGUUCGACAGCGAUACUUCCGAGACUUCAGACGAAUAUGACUCGGAGUUUGACGCCCUACCCAGAGCACCGGGUGGGAGUCGGCCUUACCCGACCACAUUUGAGAGCCAAUACCCUGACAAUGUCGAGAUGUCCAGUGACGAUGAGGAGGAUGUUGAGCCGGAUGAUGGAGACGAACCGCUGGGUAGAUUAAGCGAGGAGAGCAGCGAUGAAGUUACGAUUCCUAUCCUCCCUCACGAGAUUCGGCGCGCCAGUAGCAGCAGCGCUGUCGCCGCCGCCGGAACGGUUAGAGGUCGCAGCAAGAGUUUGAGUGCCGAGCUCCCUGCCGCUUCGGGCAGUUCGGUCGCUACCGCUGGUGGUGCCGAGAGCGGCUAUAGCAGUGGCUGUGAGGAGAGUGGUUGAGUUUGAAGAGAUGGAUGCGAAAAGGAGAUAAUGUGGACAGCGAUUGGAUUUCGAAGCAGUUUUUUGUUGGCCAGGGCACAAUGUGCAUUGCAAGGCGCUCGGCUUUUUUUCAUCAUCAGGGAUGAAUUUGCACAAGAGAUAUCCCCAAGGUUGGACCACACCAGUGUUUUGCUGUCAGGCUGCGAGCUUCGUAACGGGAAAUAGGGUAUUUUUGUCUCACUUUUCACAGUGGGAUCUUAAAGAAGUGUCGAGAAAAGAACACAAAAGUUAUCAAGGGCGAAGGGUCGUAGAUAUCUACUACGAGGCGUUUUAGUUAGCGAGGCAUUUUGGAAGCGAUCAAUGAUACCCAUUUCCUCAGUACAA